GGCGUAAUAACAAAACCAAUAUUUAUGAAAGGGUUUAGUUCAACGGUGGAAUUUCUAGUAGAUAUUGGUGUAGACGCUCCGAAUUCUUAUGCCUUUACUGGACAGUUGUUCUAUAGUUCUUCAAUUGAGCUUAAAGAAGUAGCGGAAUUGCUGAAACCUUUUCUUGAAGUAGAUGAUGAUAAGGGUAUAGAAAAGGUGGUAUCAGGAUAUUUAGAUGCAUGGAAGAAAGUAUCAGACGAGCAGGCAAUUAUGCAAAAAGUAAAAGAAAUCGGUUUUGACUUCAAGUCAAUAUUUUCAAAAAAGAGUAUUAGCGACAUAAAUAAAUUCUUUGAUGACCAUGGACUUGGGUCGUUGAAAAAAUAA